CACUACCCACUAACACGUAAUAUUCCUUGGCAUCCAAGAUCUCUCCUGGGUCCGUCCCGCCAUUUUCACCCGCUGUUGCUUCUCGAACACAUGCCUUUUGUGCUAUAAAUAACUCCAUCCCUCCUUCUCUCGUUGCCUGCAACCAAAAUUCGAAGUUCGAACCAUCUUUUGCUUUCUUUGGCACACUGACGAGCACUUUCUCGACGCCGGAAAAGGAGUUUCGGGUCUCGGAAAUGGCAGGGAUCGUGGUGAUUUUCGACUUCGACAAGACGAUUAUCGAUUACGAUAGCGAUAAUUGGGUGGUUGACGAGAUGGGUGCCACCCAGUUGUUCGAUGAACUCUUGCCGACCAUGCCUUGGAACCCUCUAAUGGAUAGGAUGAUGAGAGAGCUUCAUUCACGGGGGAAGACAAUCGAAGACAUCGUAGAGUGCCUGAAACGGGCUCCAUUGCAUCCCCGGAUCAUCACAGCCAUUAAAUCAGCCCAUGCACUGGGGUGUGAAUUGAGGAUUGUGAGCGAUGCAAAUAUAUUCUUCAUCGAGACCAUCUUGAAGCAUCAUGGGCUUAUGGAUUAUUUCACAGAGAUUAACACCAACCCAAGCUAUGUUGAUGAAGAGGGAAAGCUCAGAAUCUUCCCUUACCAUGAUCUCACCUCGUCUCCUCAUUCUUCUUGCCCUCCCAACAUGUGCAAAGGUCUGGUGAUUGAAAGGAUACAAGAAACUCUAGCUGCUGAGGGGAAGAAAAGAUUCAUCUACCUUGGAGAUGGGAAGGGUGAUUUCUGCCCAACCCUGAAGCUCCGUGAAGGCGACUAUGUGAUGCCCAGGAAGAACUUUCCACUGUGGGAGCUGAUUUCUAGCAACCCAUUACUAGUCAAGGCAGAGAUUCAUGAAUGGAGUGAUGGGGAGGAUCUUGAAAGGGUUUUACUGCAACUCAUCAACAAUAUCCUUGACCAAGAAGAAGCUCAGAUGAUUCCUGUGGAUUACAAGUUCCACACGAUUCCCAUCUCUACCCAUGAACCCCUCCCCAAAGCUCUCCCUGUUCCUAAUUAGUAUGGUAGCUGCCCAACAACUUAAUCAAAUGUUGGGCUUCUGAUUUUCCCUUGUUUCUUUCCGAAACCUUGGCCGGUAACAACCGGUAAAUCUAUGUGUUUUUGAUGUGUACUACGCCAAUGAAACGCAAAGGCAAUGGGCAUACAGAUUGUACUUCAGUUUCUUUGGAAACUUCGUGCUUAUUCCUCUGCAAAAUUUCUUUGUUUCUUUCUCCUGGGUUUUGGAUAUUUCGGUGGGUGAUGAAUCCGUCGUCGUAAAGACAGGUAUUUCAUUGCAAAUUUUGUAGCCUUUACUGGCCAUCCAUGCAGACUAAGUUCUUUUUCUGUGGGACAGCACCAUGCAAACAGAGUUUGUAAUUUGACCACUAGAAAACUACAGACAACACUGAUAAGACUACACAGUUUGAACAGGUUUGCUUA